AUUUGAAAUGGCUGACGGGUUGCUGGCGGGUGGCGGGUUAGGGCCGGCGGCUGUGGCGCCUGAGCCUGAGCGCUCGGACUGGACGGUGGAAGACGAGCUGGCGUCCCUCGACAAAGGUUUGUUCCAAGAUGAAGAUUCAUGCAGUGAUUGUAGCAUUUGUAAGCCAGGGAGUAGUUUACAAAGUUUUAUGCUGGAAGGAAAAACUCUUUUUCCAGAAAUGUUCCAAACAAGUCAUCUUUUGUUCUAUGAACGGUUCAGAGCCUAUCAAGAUUACAUUUUAGCUGACUGCAAGGCCUCUGAGGUAAGAGAAUUCACAGCUGAGUUCUUGGAGAAGGUCCUUGAACCAUCUGGAUGGCGGGCAGUCUGGCACACUAAUGUGUUCGAGGUACUGGUUCAGGUCAUAGAUGUGGAUUUUGCAGCCUUGAAGGCGUUGGUGAGACUGGCUGACCCGUACCUUUGUGAAUCUCAAGUGAGCACUUUUACCUUGGAGUGUAUGAAAGAGCUUCUUGAGCUGAAGGAACAUCAGUUGCCCUUGCAGGAACUGUGGGUAGUAUUUGAUGAUUCUGGAGUAUUUGACCAGACGGCACUUGCAAUUGAGCAUGUCAGGUUUUUCUACCAAAACAUUUGGAGGAGUUGGGAUGAAGAAGAGGAGGAUGAGUACGAUUAUUUUGUCAGAUGUGUGGAGCCUCGAUUGAGAUUGCAUUAUGACAUUCUUGAAGACCGAGUUCCUUCAGGACUUAUUGUUGACUACCGUAAUCUUUUAUCUCAAUGUGAGGAGAGUUACAGGAAAUUUCUAAAUCUAAGAAGCAGUUUGUCGAGUUGUAACUCUGAUUCCGAGCAAGAAAACAUCUCCAUGGUGGAAGGCUUAAAAUUGUAUUCAGAGAUUGAACAGUUAAAACAAAAGCUAAAACUCAUUGAGAAUCCUUUGUUGAGAUAUGUGUUUGGUUAUCAGAAGAAUUCUAAUAUCCAAGCAAAGGGCCUCCGUCCAAAUGGUCAAAAGGUCACCCAUGUGGUCUCUUCCAUCAUGAUGACUGGUCUGCUGCAGUCCCUGCUUAGGGACAGGCUUUGUCAGGAGCCUUAUAAGGAAGAAAUAGAAAUUCAGUUCCAUAGUGAUCCAUUAUCAGCUAUAAAUGCCUGCUAUGAAGGUGACACUGUUAUUAUUUGUCCUGGUCAUUACAUGGUACCUGGCACAUUCUCCAUUGCUGACUCCAUUGAGUUGGAAGGAUAUGGUCUACCAGAUGAUAUUGUAAUAGAAAAGAGGGGCAAAGGUGAUACUUUUGUGGAUUGUACUGGUGCAGAUAUUAAAAUCUCAAGUAUAAAAUUUGUUCAGCAUGAUGCCGUAGAAGGAAUCUUAAUCAUUCACCGUGGCAAGACUACACUGGAAAACUGUGUACUACAAUGUGAAACAACAGGAGUCACAGUGCGAACAUCAGCAGAAUUUCUAAUGAAGAACUCAGAUUUAUAUGGCGCCAAGGGUGCCGGUAUAGAAAUAUAUCCUGGGAGUAAGUGCACCUUGAGUGACAAUGGAAUCCAUCACUGCAAGGAAGGAAUACUUAUUAAGGACUUCUUAGAUGAACAUUAUGACAUUCCCAAAAUAUCUAUGGUGAAUAAUGUCAUACAUAAUAAUGAAGGUUAUGGUGUUGUCUUGGUGAAGCCUACCAUUUUCUCUGACCUGCAAGAAAAUGCCCAAGAUGAAACUGUAGAAAAUAAAACACUUAAGAUUCAGACAAAUGAAGAGGGAGAAGCAGCUGAAAGAUUGGAUCUAGAAGAACUCAUCCAAUGCGCAACUGGUAAAAUGGAGUUCUAUACCAGAGCUGACCUUGCUGAGCAAAUCGAGGGCAAUUGUGAAAUUGUGAGUGAGCUAGUUGCAGCCUCCACACAAAAGGGCCAGAUGAGGAAGAAAAGGUUGAGUGAACUGGGGAUCACACAAGCUGAUGACAACCUAAUGUCACAGGAGAUGUUUGUCUCGAUUAUGGGGAACCAGUUCAAGUGGAACGGAAAAGGGAGUUUUGGCACAUUUCUCUUCUGACCACAAAAAUGUAAAUAAAUAGCAAAAUACUGUAUUUUGCACAUACUACCCCAACAAUCACUGCUGCUAUUGUAGUUUGCUUCAUGUCUGUCUGUAUUUUAUAUUUGAUAUAUGAUUGGAUUUGAGUGAUAAUGUAGGUUUAUUUCUAUCUGUGGGUGUUGCACAUAAAACAUUCCCUCUUCAUAAGAAAGGUCAUAAAAAACCUGCAAUAGAAAAAUAUUUCUGUUUAGAAGUGCCUUUCUUAAGUAAAUGGUUCUCCUGAAGCCUAUUAGUAACUUUCUAGUGUAAAUACACUUUAAUCUAGCACUUGAGAGAAGGAAGAAAAGAAGGAUAUAGAAGAUGAGUACACAAAAAUGCAGUAAGUGUCAAAUGUGCAGUGUUCUUUUUCCAGUUGUCUUUUUAUCCCAAUUAUAGUGAGUCUGAUUUCCAUGCUGCAUUUGCAUAAUACUGUCUUAAAAUAAAAGCUUUUAUGAUUGGGAGGUUAUCCUGUCUAAUCAGACUUAUUAUUGAGAGUCUGAGUGGGAUGCAUUUUUAUGUUGAACUAUGUAAUCUUCAAAACCGUAAUAGAUACCAUUGCAGGUUUGAAACAGAAAUGAAUAGUGUUGUUCAGAGCUAUGCAUAUGUAGAGCAUUUUCACUGUUGCUGAAUAUGAAUGAUUAAAAAGAAGGUGUUUUUCUUUCACCAUAGCAGUAUUUUAAUUAAAUGUAUUACAGUCAA